UCGCUCCCCUCUCUCCAUCCAUCUUUUCUCAAUUGUCAUUUUGUACUUUCUUGUCUUACACUUGUCUCUUUCUCUCACUUGACAUUCUCUUCUCUUUUUUGUUUGUUUUUAGGAUCAGUCUUUUGCGAAGUAUGGUGUAAGCAGCAGAUGUCCAUACGCCUUGAUCUAGUUCGACUACACACUUUUUAUCGCGCCUGCCGUGCUAUUCUUCUACCCUCCUAGGUAUCAUAGCGAAAAUGCGAACACCUCUCUGUAUGAAUUCUUCCGGUCCUUAUAUGCGCCUGCGCGCGGCCAACCCGUCGCUUCCGCGGAGUUCCAGAAUCCCGACUUCUGUCCGUGCCUUUUCCGACACCCUCUGUUCGAGAUCACGUCUCAAUGGCGCCUCAUUAUUUCAAAACAAAACCCUCCCUGCGGUCGCUUCGUCCAGGUCGCCCGGCGUGUACCGAAAUUUGCUGGUGUCGUCUGCGGUGUCCUUCUCGACCUCUUCUCGACGGUAUGAAGCGAGCGACUGGGACGAGAACCCGAAUCUGUCGAUCAAUGCGUUCUCCGAACUUCCGUCCAAAGACUUUGGGGUCAACCAGCACAUGGUGAUUAAUCAGGAGUUCAAGGAGGCCCUGCGUCAGAUUCUGUGGCAGUUCCGCGCGCCAAUUCGAUAUGCCUUUGCGUACGGAUCGGGGGUGUUUCCGCAACCCGGAAGCGCCCCGGCCGCCGAGAAAUGCCACCCGUCCGCCCCGGCCGCCAUUACAAAUAUGCAGCAAGGGAACGGCAAGAUGAUUGACUUCAUCUUUGGGGUGUCGUACUCUCAACACUGGCACUCGUUAAACCUUCAUCAGCACCGCAAUCAUUACUCCGGACUCGGAUCGAUGGGAUCUUAUGUGGUCUCCCAAGUGCAGGACCAAUUCGGCGCAGGCGUCUACUUCAACCCCUACGUCACGGUCAACGGUACGCUGAUCAAGUACGGGGUGGUGAAUCUAGACACCAUGUGCCGCGACCUCAGCCAGUGGGACACCAUGUACCUCGCGGGCCGGUUACAGAAACCGGUGAAGAUCCUGCGAGACCACCCGCGGGUGCGACUGGCGAACCAGAUCAACUUGCUUUCUGCCCUCCGUGUCGCUCUUCUUCUCCUCCCGUCCGAAUUCACAGAGUUCCAGCUUUACAGCACGAUCGCGGGGAUGAGCUACAUGGGGGAUAUCCGCAUGGCCUUCCCGACGGAGGACCCGCGGAAGGUGAACAACAUCGUGACCGGCCAGAUGGCGAAUUUCCGACGGCUAUAUGCCCCUCUGAUCGAGAACCUCCCGAAUGUCACGUUCAAUGACCCGCGUUGCUCCCAGAACGACUGGAUCGACGACUCCGACGCCAACGUGCGCCUGACGCAGGACAUGGAUCCGGUGAAGCGCGGCAACAUGGUGCGUCGGCUGCCCGAGUCGUUCCGGCAAAAACUAUAUUUCCAGUACCAGGGCCGGUACCAGAUCCCACGGGUCGAAUUCGACCAGAUGAUGAAGGACAGAAUGGACUCGGACCCCGAGAUGGUGCGUCGGAAGAAGGGUGGUCCGUUCGAGCAGCGCGUGGGCCAGGAUGCCCACCUGAAGGACGAAGUGCGGACGUCGAUCACCAAGACGAUCCGGUGGCCCAGCCUGGUGCAGACGGCCAAGGGACCGCUGACGUCGGGGGUGUCCCGGACCUGGCGCUAUCUGCGGGAAAAGCAGGACAAGUACAAGAACUCCGGUAAGGCCAGUGCUCCCGCUGCUGCGGAGGAGAAGAAGAAGCCUUCCUCUCCGCCGUCUAAGGACGAGUGAGGAGGUUGGCGCGCGGGUAGCAUUUGUACUGUAGUUGUUUGAAAGACCGUGAUAUGGCUACGAUUGAAGCAUGGCGGGCCUGCCAGUCGUGUGGGUCGCUUUUCAUAGACAACAUCUGAUGGCAUAUAUAAAGGCGUUUCUUAUCUUUAUUAUUUCUCUUUCUUUUUUCUUUUUUUUUUUCUUUUUGUGUUCUUUUAUUCUUGUCGCUUCUUCUUCGGACUUUUCGAUUGAUCUCUCAUGAUUCGAUCAAUUGUAUCUACUACCGUCAGUCAGCGGAAGGACUACUGCAUGAACCACGCGAACCGCAUGUAUAUAGAUUGGGCAUUGG